UGAAUCGAAUGCACUGACUGCUCAAGGCUGUCUCAUAUCCCAACUAUCGGAUUAUUUGGAUGGUGUAAGAAUCUACUUUGAAUCCGUCGCCGACCAGGCCACCAUUCCUACAUGUCCGAUGUACAUUGGCUCUGGUUUGGGUACCACUGUAUCAGUCCCGUCUAAUAUGGCAAUCGGUUCACCUCAGACUGGCUCGACCGGAGCUGGAGCUGGCUCAGNAGGCCCUUCAUCUGGAGCCUCAGCCACUACGACUGCGGCAGCCGCUGGCGGAGUGAGCUCUGCCGCAGUCACAUCUGGUGCAGCUGUGUCCUCAGCAUCGAUUCCGGUGUUGACAGAAGCCCAUCUCCUGGUCGAAAUGAGACUACACUUGUGUGUGUUUCUUUUUGAGCUUAUUCGUCAAUUGCCAAGUGAGUUUAGGCAUUCAGCACACCUACUCUGUUUGAUCAACUACAGUAGAGAAUAA